AAGUUCAACCAAAAAACAAAAAAGAAGGAAUACGCAUAAAGGGAAAUGUUUUCAUAAAUGAAGUGGGGAAUGGGGUCUUCUUCUUCUUCAACAUUUCUUCUGUUUCUUUAUUCUUUUCUUCUUUCCCUUGCUACUCUUACCCUUUCGCAGCUUCAUGAUGUUUACUUUGAGCGUAACUGUAGUGAUACCAAUGGCAAUUACACCCCAAACAGCGCUUACCAGACCAACCUCAAUGCCAUCAUCUCUCAAUUCCCCACUCUUACACAUUUCAAUUACGGCUUCUUCAAUCUGUCUGCCGGUGAAAGCCCCAACAAAGUUUACUCAAGCGCACUUUGCAGGGGUGACUUAACUCAAGAUCGUUGCUAUAGUUGCCUCAACUACACCGCGACCGAGCUUGAGCGAUUGUGCCCCUGGAACAAGACCGCCAUCGCUUGGUCCGAGCUUUGUUUGGUGCGGUAUGCCAACAGAGACAUGUACGGACUUCUGGAGGACGACCCUCCUCGUACUUGUGCAUUCAACGAGCAGAAUGCGUCGAACCCUGUUCAGUUCAAUCAAACAUUAAGUGAUCUAUUGAAUGAGCUGAGCGCCAAAGCUGCAGCUGGUGGUCCUCUUCGCAAGUAUGCAGCUGGCAAUGCAUCGGCUGGCAACUUGGAAAUGGUAUACGCUACGGUGCAGUGUACUCCUGAUAUGACCCAGGAAAAUUGCGUAACUUGUCUAAAUUUCGCCAUGACAGAGCUUCGACUCUGUUGCCUUGGAAGGAAGGGAUGCAGGGUUCUUAGACCAACCUGUGUCUUGAGGUUUGAGUCUAACCUAUUUUAUAAUGAAAUUGCAGUGCCUCUGCCAUCACCUCCACCAUCUCCAACAACUUCUCCGCCGCCCAAAGAAAAUGGGAAUAACACUAUCCGAACUGUAAUCAUUGUUAUUGCUUCAGUUGUUGGCCUUCUCAUACUAAUUAUCAUCUCCGUCUGCAUUUUCAUGAGACGCAGAAGAAACAAACACAUACCUAUAAAAGUUGAAACUGCGGCUGCCGAUAAUGAGAUAUCUGGGGUUGAUUCCUUGCAAUUCGACUUCGAUUCUGUUUUGGUCGCCACCGAUAACUUCUCCGAUGUCAAGAAGCUUGGUCAAGGAGGAUUUGGAGCUGUAUACAAGGGUCAGCUUCCAAAUGGAGAAGAGAUUGCUGUGAAAAGACUGUCUCAAGGAUCUAGUCAAGGAGACUUAGAAUUUAAGACCGAGGUCCAAUUAGUUGCAAAGCUUCAACACCGCAAUUUAGUUAGGCUCUUUGGUUUUUGCUUGCAAGGACAGGAAAGGCUUCUCAUCUAUGAGUUUGUGCCAAAUGCAAGCCUUGAUCAUUUCAUUUUCGAUCGGAGCAGGCGUGCACAAUUAGAUUGGGAAGCACGAUUCAAAAUCAUACAAGGCAUUGUUCGUGGAUUCCUUUACCUUCACGAAGACUCUAGGCUUCGAAUUAUUCACCGUGAUCUCAAAGCAAGCAAUGUCUUGUUAGAUGCAGAGAUGGUUCCUAAAAUUGCAGAUUUCGGGAUGGCAAGAUUGUUUGGACGGGAUGAAACACAAAGAAGCACUAGCAGAAUUGUGGGAACUUAUGGAUAUAUGGCUCCAGAAUAUGUUAUCAAUGGACAAUUCUCAGUAAAAUCAGAUGUGUUCAGCUUCGGUGUAUUACUUUUAGAAAUUAUCAGUGGUCAGAAGAACAAUAGCUUCCAUCACGGGGAGGAUGAAGAAUACAUACUGAGCUUUGCAUGGAAAAGUUGGAGAGAAGGGACGGCAUUGAAUAUGGUUGAUCCCACAUUGGGUGAUGGUUCGAGAAAUGAGAUAAUGAGAUGCAUCCACAUUGCAUUGCUAUGUGUUCAACAAAAUGUAGCAGCCAGACCAACCAUGGCUUCGGUUGCUCUAAUGCUGAACAGCUUCUCGACCACUCUUGCGGUGCCGUCACAACCAGCGUUUCUUAUGCAGAGCAACUUUGAAUCUGAGGGAUCAUUGUCAUUUCCCUCAACUUCCAACAAAUCCAGCACCGAGUUACCACCGUUAUCCCGCAACGAGGUUACAAUUAGUGAGCUAUCUCCUAGGUAGUGUUUUGGAAAUUGUGUGUUAGUAAGUUUCUUCUUUUGAAGUGCAUGUGAGAGGUUUGUGACAGUUUCUUCCCAGUAAUGUUAUUUCUAAAUGUUGGCUAUAUUUUUCCUUAAAGAAUAUAAAGCGACUUAUCAUUACACACGACAUUUAUUAAUAAAAAUAAAAAUAACUUAAUGCUUCUUAGUAA